AUGAAUGGAUGGCCUCAAAGAAAACAAGAUUUAGACAACAGGGUAAAACCAUAUUUUGAUUUUGCUGAUACUUUGGGACUUAAUAAUGGAGUAAUUUUGAAAGGAGAAGGGGUAGUCAUACCUUUCAGUAUGCGUCAAGAAAUGAAGAAAAAACUGCACACAGCACACAUUGCAUAUGAUGGAAUGAUGAGGAGGGCCCGGCAGACGAUGUUCUGGCCAGGCAUGGCUGAUGAAAUAAAGCAGAUGGCAGAGACAUGCACUGCUUGUCAAGAAAGAAAACCUAUGAACCAGAGAGAAACACUUAUACAACAUGAUGAAGGAAAUGUACCAUGGGAAAAAGUUGGAGCUGACCUGAUGGAAGUGGAUGAAAGACAGUAUCUAAUUACUGUUGAUUAUUACUCUAAUUUUAUUGAGCAUGAUUAUCUAUCAACAACAACAUCACAAGAUGUGAUUAGAAAAUUGAAAGGACAAUUCGCUCGGUUUGGUGCUCCAAAAAUGUUAAUAACAGAUGGCGGUCCACAAUUUAGUUCAAAUGAGUUUUUGAGAUUCACAAGGCGAUGGAACAUCCAUCACAUCAGAUCAGAUCCUGGUUAUCCGAGAACAAAUGGGAAGGCGGAAGCUGCUGUAAAGAUAAUGAAGAAUUUAAUACUGAAAACUAAACAUAAUGGGGAUGAUCCAUAUGAAGCUUUACUGGAACUCAGAAAUACACCUCGGCAAUGUACCGGAUUUAGCCCAGUUGAAAUGUGUCUCAAAAGAAGUCCUCGGACAUUGAUUCCCAGCACUUCAAAGUGUUUAAGAUGGUAUCCUGGAAUAAUCAGGGAACAACCAUCUCCAAGAUUUUAUAAGAUCAAUGGGGAUAAUGGAGGAUUCUACAUACGCAACAGAUUUCAUAUUAGGCCAAGGAAAACUAUUGUGAAAGACACUGAUGUCUAUGAUGGGAAUGUCUUGGAUGAUGAUGAUGAUAAUGAAAGGCCAGAUUUUUCUGAUAACUGUUCUCAACAUGCAGCACAGUCUGGAGUUGUUUCUCAUGUACCAGACAAUAAUUGUGAUAGAAAUAAGCCAGCAAGAACUAGCACUCGAUAA